AUGGAGUCUGUUCCGCCCGAGUCAUUGCUUGACAGCGUCUCACAGCGCCUGUACGCCAUCGCAUUCGUCGCUGUGGCGUUCUUCGCUAUCGGCCGCAUACGACAGUACUUGCGUCUGAGACAUUUCGCCGGACCCAGGACGACGGGACUCUCUUGGCUGUGGCAUUCCAGAGCUGUUAUCGGUGGCCAAUCUCCUAGGUACUACGGCGAGGUUUGCGAGAAGUACGAAUACUGGGCACGGAUCAAUGCAGUGCGCUCACCGUAUAAGCGAUCAUCAUGGUACUACCAUAGUGCUCGGUUUGAGACGGGGAAAGACAAUGUCUUUACAGAUUGCGACAACGAUAGCCAUGAUGCCAGACGGAAGAAGAUGACAGCCGGGUACUCUGGUAAAGAGAACCCGACAUUAGAGCCUUCAAUAGACCUCCAUGUAAAAGAACUUGUGACUUUGGUGCGCAAGUAUGCGGCCUCGAAAGCGUCAACGAAACCAUCCCAGGCCAUGGAUCUAGCUCAGAAGAUCCCCUUCUUUACAUUGGACGUAAUCAGCCAUGUAGGUCUGGGAGAAGCAUUCGGUGACUUGAAUGCCGACAAAGACCUCAAAGACUACCUGAAAUCGAGCGAAGAGGGUCUCAAGAUUGGAAACACGGCCUUCGCAAUGGGUAUAGCCUGGCUCAGAGACACGCCUAUAAUUGGCCCCGCCAUUAGUCCAUCGGAGAAGGAUGCCACUGGGUUCGGUAACAUGAUGGCUCAAGCGCGAAAGAUAGUCGACUCCAGGAUGUUGAAGUCAACUGAAGACAAGUCUGAUAUGUUCGCGUCAUUCGUCCGCCAUGGUCUCUCUGGAAACGAUCUUUUCCAGGAAGUCUUCGAGCAGAUUCUCGCUGGAUCUGACACUACGGCUGCUGCCAUUCGGACCAUUUUGCUAUAUGUCAUGAGCCAUCCGCGCGUGUAUGCAAAGCUGCAAUCUGAGAUAGAUGAAGCCGUCAGAAGUAGCACGGCUCCCGCAUUUCCUGGCAUCAUCUCAGAUGCAGAAGUGCGCCGCCUGCCAUAUUUAGGCGCUGUCGUCCGUGAAGGAAUGCGAAUACAUCCACCAGUCGCCAACAUCUUUUCAAGAGUCACUCCGGAUGAAGGAGAUGUUGUGACUAUCGAUGACAAGGAGUAUCACAUCCCCGGCGGCACCUUGGUCGGCUACUCAGCCUGGACGAUGCACCGCAACAACCGCGCUCUCUACGGCGAGGACUGUGGUACCUUCCGUCCUGAACGCUGGCUGAUUGAUACAAGCGACGAGGAGGCGAAAGACCGUCUAACCAGAAUGACGAAAACCAACGAUAUGAUAUUUGGGUACGGUCGAUGGCUCUGCCUGGGACGCAACAUCGCGUUGAUUGAGAUACACAAGUGCAUCUUUGAGUUGUUGAGACACUUUGAUCUGUCGUUGACCAACCCACUGGAACCAUGGAAGACAUUCAAUUCGCUUGGGUUAUGGGAGAUCAAGGACAUGUGGGUAAAUGUCACCUUUAGGUAA